UACUUCCUGGAGGCAGCAGUGGAGAGGUUAAGUGGCAGAAAUAUUGGAAUAGGUGUUUUCUGCCUCCUGGGGUGAACUAGUGUAAUUGGGUCAGGCAGUGAGGGAGGGGCAGGCUAAAGUGUCAGGCAGUGAGGGAGGGGCAGGCUAAAGUGUCAGGCAGUGAGGGAGGGGCAGUCUAAAGUGUCAGGCAGUGAGGGAGGGGCAGGCUAAAGUGUCAGGUAGUGAGGGAGGGGCAGGAACUAGGGGCAGGAUGGCCAGCUCAUCGGGAUCAAGCAGAAACCUGACAGCUGCUGACUGGGGCGGAUUUGAUGACAACAUGCAGUCUGGUGGGGGGGCAGCAGUAAUUGACAUGGAAAACAUGGAUGACACAUCUGGAUCCAGCUUUGAAGACAUGGGGGAGAUUCAUCAGCGAAUGAAGGAGGAGGAAGAGGAAGUGGAAGGUGAAGGAGCCCCAGAGGAUGGGGAGGAGGAUGGGGCCUUCCUUGGUAUGAAAGGCGUCAAGGGGCAGUUGGGGCGACAAGUGGCUGAUGAGAUGUGGCAGGCUGGCAAGAGACAGGCCUCCAAAGCUUUCAACCUUUAUGCCAAUAUAGACAUCCUGCGGCCUUACUUUGACGUGGAGCCCAUACAGGUCCGAAACCGGCUGCUGGAAUCAAUGAUCCCGGUAAAAAUGAUCAGCUUCCCCCAGAAAAUUGCUGGAGAGCUGUACGGACCCCUCAUGCUGGUGUUCACCAUGGUGGCCAUUCUCUUGCACGGGAUGAAAUCAUCAGGAACUAUUAUUCGAGAGGGCACUCUCAUGGGUACUGCAAUUGGCACCUGCUUUGGCUACUGGCUGGGAGUCUCUUCUUUCAUUUACUUCUUGGCCUAUUUGUGCAACGCUCAGAUCACCAUGUUACAGACACUGUCCCUGCUUGGUUACGGGCUGUUUGGACACUGCAUCGUGCUUUUCAUCACCUAUAACAUCCACUUCCACUCACUCUUCUACAUAUUCUGGCUGUGCAUCGGGGGGCUGUCCACUCUCCGCAUGGUGGCAGUAUUGCUGUCUCGCACUGUAGGACACACUCAGAGGCUGAUCCUGUGCGGUACUAUGGCCGCCCUCCAUAUGCUUUUCUUGCUGUACCUGCACUUUGCUUAUCACAAGGUUGUGGAAGGUAUUUUGGAUACACUGGAUGGAGUGAUUGUUCCACCACCCAUUCAGAGAGUUGCUCGGGAUUUGCCUGUGGGGCCUAAUACUCUGCUGAAUGCCACUGUACAGGUUCUUCUGGCCCACUCCCGCUGACCUUGGGCACAAAGACAAAGUACUGCAAAUGACUGUGAUUCUCUUAAUCCCCCAGUGGGGCAAAUACUGUCUUUUUGCCCUUUUCUGGCUGAAUCCCCACAGCUAAGAGGAAGAGCUGCUGUUAAUGUGGGGGACCCCCCCCUCAUGCUGUCCUUUAACCCCUUAGUCAGAAGGGGGCUUUAAACCUUUUCUGAUAGUAAAGAGUUAACAAGUUUUUUCUUUGGCUCCAAAUGUUGAUGUAUUGUCUUGAUCCUGGCAACCGUUGCUCCCCAUCAUAGAUUUUUUUCAGUCUUGGACGGUCGUGUGGGAUCUGAUCAAAGCUGGAAAUGUUAAGACUUUGGGAUAUCGGCUAUUAAACAUAGGGCAAUGCAUGGAAUGGAGGCAGACCUAACAAACACGUUACAUGGACUGUGUUUAUGCCUUAUUGUCCCCUUUCUCUCCUCACCCACAAACACUAGAGGCCAAACACCUGGUAACUGGAGCCCCAACUAAUCAGCACCCAGCUCUGUACCCAGGGCUGCCCCUAUGCAGUGCCACAACUCUGUGUGUAUGAGAAAUUAGUGCAUUUGUACCCUUUCUGUUCCUUGAGAGAUCUGCACUCUCCUAACAGCACUAUGUGCACCUUUGUUACCCCAAUGUGGAACCCCUCAGCCCAGGAAUUUGUGUAUGCAGAUAGUCCCCUCAAUCAUCUGCUUCUUAUUUCUGUAAUAAGUUCAUUAAUAGAGUGAGACUUGUUAUUGGGUAUCUGUUUUAACUCUUUGUGCUUCUGUAUUAAAGGGGCACCAUUAUAAAAAUAAGGGUUUAUUUAUGCCCAAAAGCCUUGAUACAAUGUGUAGUAAAGUGAUGCAUUGCUGUA